AUUUCCUUUCCUUUCCCAUCAUUACGGUAAGCAGCAGGCACUCCGCGUCACGUGACUCCGUAAAGCAUCUUUUUGGUCCAUUUUGGAUGAUACAAAGUGAACCUUGCAACCUUUGAAAAUGACCAAAUUACAGUUUUUAAACGUGUUUUUGACUGAGCGGCUCAUGCUCGCCGCGCAGGAGAUCUACAAAUCUGUCGAGGACACCAUCCUGGAGUAUCAAGAGGAGAUCGCGCUGAGAGAGCGGGAGAAUGACCAUCUGAGGCGGCGGCUGCGGGACGCAGGGAUCGAGAUAUGGCCAGACCGUCCAUCUAUGGCCCUGUUGGAUGAGGAGGAGGGUGAGCACCCGAGGCGGGAGUGGAGUCCCAGCAUGGGGCAUGAGGAACGCCUUCCCCUCCAGAUCAAGGAGAAGAGAGACCUCCGAUCCAACCAGGGAGACGACCAACAACUCCGCCCCCACGGGUCGUGCAGCACCCCAGAGUCCAUGUUCACACCACCGCGCGUCUGCAACGAGUACCCCCAGGAGGCCCCCCACACGUCCAGCAUCCCCCAGAGCCAAGGGGUGGAGAACCGGGAGAGGGAGCCGGCGCCGAGGGCCUCGUCGAGACACGUGAAGGCAGAGGGCGUUGCUGGUGGUGCUGGUGGCGGAGGAGGCCACAGGGGAGCCACCCCCUCCAGCAGCGCUCCCCAGCCCCUGGCCCCGGUCAACCCCAACUGCUCGAAUGAGAACAACAUAGAGAUCCAAGGGGCGGAGAACGGCGGACAGAUGGCGGGCUCCAAGGGAGGCGCCGGGGGGAGCCGAGGUCAGGGCUCCCACAUGCGCAGCCAGGGCGGCGCGAGCGCCAACGCGGACUGUUCUCUCCAGAAGUCCCCGCUCCAAGGCCACCUGUCGUCCUUCAGCUGCAAGGUGUGCGGCGAGGCGUUCAGCCACGCGGGUCACCUCCACGUGCACGUGCAGGUGCACACGCGGGAGAAGCCGUACCGCUGUGGCGUGUGCGGCAAGUGCUGCAGCUCGUCUGGCCGUCUGCAGGAGCACCAGCGCAGCCACACGGGGGAGAAGCCCUUCCGCUGCCAGAUCUGCGGGAAGGGCUUCACCCAGAUGGCCCACCUCAAGGUGCACAUGAGGAUCCACACGGGGGAGAAGCCCUACAGCUGUCCUGUGUGCGGCAAGUGCUUCAGCCGCUCUGACAAAAUCAAGCGCCACCUCCAGACCCACAGCCGCGAGGGGACCUACUUCUCAGGACAAUGAGACCCCUUUCAGGGUGACGGUGGUUUUUGUUGGAACCAACUGAAAUUUGUGAAUCACAUUGAAACUGAACACUUUUUAAGAGAAAAAGCUAAAGUUGCUGCCGGAUGAGACGUUUUUCAUACUUUCAAAGAACUAGAAACGUACAAACCUUAGUGUUUUCUUGUUUUAUUUUUUUGACCUAACGGUGGUAUCUAUGCCAUAGUCCCUGCUGUAGGAUGUGUAUUAGUCUGUUUAAGACGUCUUUCAUUUUAACUUCUCACACAUAUAAACUCUUCUAAGUCUCGAUUCUGAGUAAUUAGCUAGGCUUCUGAAUUAUUUAGUCUUUCAUUAGUAAUAUGAUUAGCAUGAUAAAGUCUUCCACACAUGCCUUGAACCUGAAAUUAAUUCAAUAAUUUGUUCAUCCAUUUCCCAACUAAAUACUUUUGGUUGCAUCCUUUAGGUUGCAGAAGUCAAAGUGACAGAAUUGACUACUAAUCAAACGCCUUGAUGAUCCAUUCGUUGAAUAAUCCACUUUGCAGUAAUAAUACAAGUUAUUGUAUUGGUCUGGUUUCCUUUUGCUUUUGAUGAUGUCGUCGUUGGUUGGUUUGCAAGACUAUUCAUUGGGUUUAUAAAAAACAACAUUUAGGUGUCUUUUUCAGACCUGGUUACAAUGUCAAUGGUCUGUUUGGAAGAGAGAUAGAGUCUUGAAUGUGUUGAUUGAACAGUUUUCUGUUUAGUUUUCCGCCGUUUUGGUUGUGAUGGGUGACUCGUGUCAAUGCUAACCAUGAGCCCCUAGUAACUAUGGACUUUGUGUUUUAUUUUGCAUUGUUGCAGCGCUCCCAAUAGCUCAUUAUCACUUUAUAUUUACCACCUCAUUCAUGGAAAAUCUAUACCGUUUUGUAAGAUAUUUGUAUCUUGUCAAAUACCACUAGUUUUUAUAACCUGCACUAUAUAAUAGCAUUUCUCCAAAAUGAAGGAAUUGUACUCAAACCAGACCAUCCAGUGUUACCUAUGUGGGGUCGUUUUUCUAGAGGCUCAGUCUGUGCUGAUUGUGUAUUCACCAAUGUUUCUACAACCUUUCUCUCAAACAUAAUUGUUCUUAUGGCCAAUCCAAAUGAAUUGGUGGGUUUUGAGGAAGUCUAGUACCUGGUCUACUCGUCACUCGACUUUCUUCAACAAAGGAAUUCACUUCUCUCAGGUCUAAUGCUGCAUUCAUGUCAGGUCGGGGGUAAUUUGUGAAACACAUUUGACCGGAAUAGCUGAUUUCUCCUUACACAUGAAUGAAUCUGAAUAACUCGUUUUUUUUGCCAGUUUCAAUUUCAACCAAAGUAAAAAAAAAAAAUUAGGGAUGUUCUUGUAAAUUUCAGAAUGCAUAUUAACUAAACAAUGCAUGUCAAAACAUUUUAAAGUAACAUUUCAACCAAGUAAUUCAUGAGAGGAGUACGGAAUAGCUUUUUAAAUACAAUGUCCGGUUUUUAGUGCCCCUCUGUUUCCUGACUGCAGCACGAUUGAGCUGCAAAACUUCCGAGCCGACCAGCAAUCUUUUUUAAGUCCACCUGGGGGAGACAGUUCGUACCCACACACACACAUUACUGUAUACAGUGUUGUAUCAUUGUGUUUUAAAUGUUAUUUUUUAAUAAAGUAGUUAUUGAGUAUGAAUAUAAA